AGGUUGCAUGUACCGACCGAGGUACCUGAUACCUUAGGUGAUCGGAGAGCAGACACUUACACCAACCGCCAGCCCGCGAGCCGAGACACGCUCUGGCCCUCAAACAGGACGAGUUCAAAAGCAGAGACAACGCCAGAAGAGACGAGUGGUCAUCACUGGCAUCUACCGGGUCAUCUAGCUGGCUGACUUUUGAUCCUUUGCACCCCGUUUCCUACUCCGGCCAUUUUCCAUCCCGAGGUGACCUUGCCCCGUGGCGGAAUCCCCACAAGUAACUUCGACAUGAGGACCGCCCUGAAGUGGUUUAAUCCGCGGCCAAGUACCGAUAAGCCGCCCAGCCGGGGCGCAACCACCAGAGGCGACGGUCCCAGCACUUUGGGCCCUGACAGUGCUAACAGCGACACGAAUAAUAAUUGUUAUCGCGCGUCUUCUUCCGCCUCCGACGACCGCCCACCCACUACCACUUCUCAUUCGUCUUCUUCCCCCAUUUACUCGUCACUAUCGUCGCUAUCGCCCUCGCCGCCUCCCCAACCGGCAACCCCAAGUUCACCCGUCCUUGGUCCCGGAAAUUAUUCCAACCUCGCGGGCCCCAAGCCUAUCGCUAUUCCCUCCUCGCCUGCUUUGCGCAGCCCGCCUGACGACUUAUUUUUCGGCGGCGAUCUCGCCAAUAGCCCCUCUGACGUCGACAUGACCACAGGCCCGAACCUCGACUCGGCCAUGAGCCGCAGUCGCAAGGACUCGUUUGUCAGCGCCGGGCCCAAGCCCAUCUCUAUGAUCAAUCCGAACCGCGACCAUGCCAAUCGCGCGCGCAGAGAAAGCCUCGCCGGCAGCAUGAUGGGAGGCAUGAGCUGGGGCGGGAUUUCCGUGGGCAGUUUUAUUCGCGACGACAUUAUGAUGGCCGGCACCUCGCCGUAUAUGACGCAUCAGUCGCCGUCAUUUCACUCGUCCUCAUACAUUCCCAAGCUGGAGGCAAACUUCAUGCGAGAUUUCAUCUGCUGCGAUCGGACGUGGCCCACACUACACGACCUCCUCCAGCAUUACGAAGAAAACCAUACCCAGCCGAACCCGCAAAAUGCUAAGAACUUUGGCGCGUACGGUGGCCAAACCAACAUGCGGACUCCUACCACCCCGAGACCCGGUCCUUCCAACACAUCAAUAGCCUCUGCCCAGCAUGGAGCCCAGGCUCUCCCAGGCUACCAACAAGGCCGGCAGGCUGGUGGCGCUGCAGGGGGCGUUGGGGGUAUCCAGCAGAUGAUGCGGCAACAGCAGCCGUUGACGCCGGCUUCCCAAAAGCAGAACCAGCUGUCCUCCCAGAUGAACGAUGACAUGGAUGCCGUCGGGGACAUGGAGAUGGAUGACCCGUUGGGGCCUCUGGACCUUGACGACAGCCAGCGGACCAUGGAGCAGACGAGACAACUGUUUGGCCAGCAGCAGCGACCCAAGCUGCAUCUGAAUAGCUCUGGGCUUGCCCACCAGGCCCUCCGCAACUCCCAGCCGACCACACCCGCCACUGCGAGCUUUGGCUUCCAGAACAACCCAACAGUCUCAUCGGUCAAUACCCCGACCCUCACCACACAGCAAGGCUUGCCGCAGCGCGGCCAGUCGCAGUUUGACCAGGACAACACUGACCUAGACGAUGAGAUCCCUGGAAUGCCCAUGAAGAUGAACCUGGGCAAUCUGAACCUGAAUGGCUCGCAGUUUGGCCUGAACUUCGGAAAGCCAAAUGGGGUGCUCGGGAUGGAAUGCAUAGAUGAACCUGCCAAGCGACUAUAUAGUCCUGGUGGAACCACCCCUGCUGUGAACCAGCGCCGCCUGUUGGAGCAGCAGCUGCAACAGCAGCUGCAGCAACUGAACCUGGACCCAAGCCAGCUUCCUCCUGGCACAGACCCGGCCCUCCUCCUCCAGCAUAUGACCGCUUUGAUGAUGCCGCCGGCAGAGGAGCCAAAGCCCUUCAAGUGUCCUGUCAUCGGCUGUGAGAAGGCCUACAAAAACCAGAACGGGCUCAAGUACCACAAGACACAUGGGCAUACGUCACAACAGCUGCAUGAAAACGGCGAUGGCACUUUCUCCAUCGUCAACCCCGAGACCUCGACUCCAUAUCCGGGGACUCUUGGCAUGGAAAAGGAGAAGCCUUUCAAGUGCGAUGUCUGCGGCAAGCGGUAUAAGAACCUCAAUGGCCUCAAAUACCAUAAGCAGCAUUCUCCGAUGUGCGAUCCCGAGACAAGGCUACAGCAGCAGAAUGCAAUGGCCACUAUUGCAGCCUUGACCCAGCAGAAUGCUCUAGGAGGCUUCGAUAUUGGCUUGUCCCAUGCACUGCCCAACAUUGGCGAGGACACACAAUUCUGAUUGGGGUUUCCUCUGGUUAUCUACAGAAAUUGGCGCCUCCCAUCCCCGGAGACGCGGCUUAACAUCAUCGUCACACGUUUAUCGCUACAUGUUGUCACUGCGUGUCAUCGCUACGUGUCAUCACUACAUCCAUUUCCUACUUCUCUCCUUGGGCUCGGAAACAAAAAAAGAACAGAGAACCUUGCAUUUUUACCAGCAUUCACCGCCGGCGUUUCUCAUGGACAGCAGGAGGGCGGCAGGUCGUUCGGGCAUUUUCUUUUCUUUUUU